GGGGGGGUGCUCACUCGACGCGUCCCACUCACUCGGGGAGAUUAGGCUGCGGUAAUCUGGAUUCAGGAGAAAGAGAGAGACCGACAUCAGCCAUGACUCCCGUCCAAAGUUGCCUCCCGUGGGCGUCCCGCGACUCCCAACAACCUCAAAUCAUUUCUUGAUAUUUUCUUACCUUGGCGACCUGGAGGACACCCAACGACGAAACUUGGACAAUGUUUUGGAAGUCACUUUUACUGCAAGGCAGCUAGAGUUUAAAUGUGUUAGUGGGAGCCGGCAGGCGCGCGCACCAGCACAGGACUAAGCUGUCGGCAGCGCGCACGGGCUGGACUCGUGAGGAUGGAGAUCCGGCCGGACAGGUUCAAGGCCGUGGCUGCCAAAACUCUGGGCAAAAUAUACGGAGCUCUGGAGAAGAAGCAGGAGAAUGGCGAGACCAUCGAGCUGUCAGCCGAGGGUCGGCCGGAGCUGGUGGAGGAGAAGGAGAUGCCGGUGGUGGAUUGCACGUGCUUCGGCCUGCCCCGCCGCUACAUUAUCGCCAUCCUCUCCGGCAUCGGCUUCUGCAUCUCCUUCGGCAUCCGCUGCAACCUGGGCGUGGCCAUCGUCAGCAUGGUCAACAGCCACACCGUCUACAGGGACAACAAGGAGGUCAUAGUGAAAGCUCAGUUCGACUGGGAUCCGGAGACGGUGGGAAUGAUCCACGGCUCGUUCUUCUGGGGUUACAUCGUGACGCAAAUUCCAGGAGGGUUCAUCUGUCAAAAGUUUGCUGCAAACAGGGUGUUUGGCUUUGCCAUCGUGGCCACUUCUUUCCUCAACAUGCUCAUCCCAGCGGCAGCUCGCAUGCACUUUGGCUGUGUCAUCAUUGUCAGGGUGUUUCAAGGCCUUGUGGAGGGAGUGUCAUACCCGGCGUGUCACGGCAUUUGGGCCAAAUGGGCGCCCCCUCUCGAAAGAAGUCGCCUGGCUACGACGGCCUUUUGCGGUUCUUACGCGGGUGCCGUGAUCGCCAUGCCAUUGGCUGGAAUCCUCGUCCAGUACUCAGGAUGGUCCUCAGUCUUCUAUGUCUACGGAAGUUUUGGCAUCAUGUGGUACUGCUUCUGGAUCAUGGUGUCUUACGAAAGUCCCGCUGCCCAUCCCACCAUCACGGAGGAGGAGAGGAAAUACAUCGAAGAGAGCAUCGGCGAGUCAGCUCAACAUUCGGUGUCGAAAUUUAACACACCAUGGCGGGCCUUCUUCACAUCCAUGCCGGUGUACGCCAUCAUCGUGGCAAACUUCUGCAGGAGCUGGACCUUCUACUUGCUCCUCAUCAGUCAGCCCGCCUACUUUGAGGAGGUGUUUGGCUUCGAGAUUAGCAAGGUGGGAAUAGUGUCAGCUCUCCCCCACCUCGUCAUGACCAUUAUUGUGCCAAUCGGAGGCCAGCUUGCCGACUACCUGCGCUCCAACCACAUCAUGACCACCACCAAUGUCAGGAAACUCAUGAACUGUGGCGGCUUUGGCAUGGAGGCCACGCUUCUGCUGGUGGUGGGCUUCUCGCACACAAAGGGCGUGGCCAUCUCCUUCUUGGUUCUGGCUGUUGGAUUUUCGGGCUUUGCAAUCUCAGGUUUUAAUGUCAACCACUUGGACAUUGCACCACGCUACGCCAGUAUCCUCAUGGGCAUCUCCAACGGGGUGGGCACACUGUCUGGUAUGGUUUGCCCACUUAUAGUUGGUGCGAUGACAAAACAUAAGACCCGUGAAGAGUGGCAAGGUGUGUUUCUCAUUGCCUCUCUUGUUCAUUAUGGAGGCGUCAUAUUUUACGGUAUCUUUGCAUCCGGCGAGAAGCAAGCCUGGGCCGAGCCGGAGCAGCUGAGCGAUGAGAAGUGCGGCAUCCUGGACGAGGACGAGCUGGCCAACGAGACAGAGGAGCUGUACCAUACGAGCGGCAGCGCCGGCUACGGGGCCACCACCCAGGGGGCCGACCCCAACGGGGGCGCGGGAGGUGGCUGGGUGUCGGACUGGGACAAAACGGAGGAGUACGUGCAGCCGGCCGGACGCAACAAUUACUUUUACGAUGGAGAGGCGGAGCUGACAUAAAAAAACAAAAAAAAACAAAUCAAGCUGGGAAUGUUUACAGCAACUAGAGCAGCUUCACUCGGUGGCGGGUGGAACUUUCAAAUGGUUUCCAUUCCACGUGGAUCAGUUUUCUAUACAAGUCUGCCCGCAAAUAUAACUGCCUGGUGGAGGGAGACUGCACAAUGGACAUUAGUCAAUGUACGAUGUGUGUUUGUGUGUGGUUGCAUCGUGUCUUAGGCCUUAGAAGGCCUGUGUUUCUUUAACUAUCGUAGACAUUUCUAAUUGAACAAACAGGAUGGAAAUCUCAUCUGUAUGCCUCAAGCAAUAUAAAACCACUCGGUUAUUUUGAUGAGAGGCUUUGGGGGGAAUAAUGGUUUUCGUUUUUGCCUCCUCGUGCACAAUUUCAAGACAUCUUGUGCCAAUUAUAGCCAUGUGGUUUGCACGGUACUUUGAAGUUUACGAUUCGGACACCAGCAAAUGGUAGUCGCGCGUCUUUGUGAGGUUUAAGUCGAGGAUUCUCAAACUGUUUUGAACCCCCCCCCCAAACCCAAGUUUGGGAACCUCUUGUUGAACUGACUCUUUUGAGGUGCAGGUUUUUAAUCUCGACGAUGGAAAAUCACGCUGAUAAAACAGACCAGAAAAUAGUUUGCCACUUUCAAGGAACCUGAACACGGCAUUUGAGUUUGUCCUUGUCCAAGCUGCAUUAAUAAUGCAUGCUUUUCGUAUAUUCGAACACAUUUCAAAUAGCCAACACAUGCAGCGUUACUUUGUGUCACAUCCCCUACUCAAAUGAAGUUGUACACAGGCAAGAAAUGAAUAGACAACAAAUCUGAUUGUAUGAGAAAUGCUCUUUUAAUAGCUGUAAAAUGUAUCGUCGCCCCAAACUAAGGUUUUGAAAUCAAAUCUAUUCUGUUUGACAUUUGGGAAUUGUAUCUCUGUUUAACACUGACUGGAUUAUUAACUGUUAAAUGUUAUUUUUACCA